UUAAAUUAUCAGAGAAUCAAGCUGAGCUAAUGUUAGCAGCACCCUUUAUUGUGGACGUUUUUCUUUAUCAGAAUCGAGGGACUUAGGACACAGGGUGUCAGAGGCUGUGCAGAUUGCAAAUUGUGACUUUAACUGGAAGAAGAGUUGGAGAAUUAUGGAGCCAUCAGCAAAGCCUGAGGAGCAGAAACAUGUUUUAAAACUGAAAAGUGAAAUGUUUUCAAAUGUGUAGCAGGUUUUAACUGAUGCUUCAACGUAAAUGAGAACAGAAAGCUCAGAUUCACUGCACUGGAAUGAAUCAAAGCUCGAUAAGCCCUACUUCUUCUCUCUUAUGUCAAACACUCUGUCCUUAGGUUUUCUUGUUCCCUCCCCUUCUGUCUGACGAUGGGUGUAACCACCUUAGUAGCAAAGAGCAUGGGCUAACUGCCUUCAUUUGCUGCUGAGACCUAUGUUGAGGAGCCCAAACUGGUUUCAGUUAUGAGGAAGUGAGAGUCAGACAGUUGUUGUCACUGAGAGGUGAAAUGGCGCAGAGAGGAGUUCAGCUGAACCGGGAAACCUUCUACUGUUCCAUCUGUCUGGAUCUACUGAAGGAUCCUGUGACUACUCCCUGUGGACACAGCUACUGCAUGAACUGUAUUACAACCCACUGGGAUGAAGAGGACGAGAAAAGAAUCCACAGCUGCCCUCAGUGUAGGCAGACCUUCACUCUGAGGCCUGUCAUGAUGAAAAACACCAUGUUAGCAGUUUUAGUGGAGGAGCUGAAGAAGACUGGACUCCAAGCUGUUCCAGCUGAUGACUGCUAUGCUGGACCCAAGGAUGUGGCCUGUGAUGUCUGCACUGGGAAAAAACUAAAAGCCCUCAAGUCUUGUCUGGUCUGUCUGGUCUCUUACUGUGAGAAACACCUCCAGCCUCACUAUCAAUUACCUGCCUAUGAAAAACACAAGCUGGGGGAGCCCACUAAAAAGCUGCAAGGGAACAUCUGCUCUUCUCACAAUGAGGUGAUGAAGAUGUUCUGCCGUACUGAUCAGCAGUGUAUCUGUUAUCUCUGCUCCAUGGAUGCACAUAAAGGCCACAACACAGUGUCAGCUUCAGCAGAAAGGACUGAGAAGCAAAGACAGCUUGAGGUGUGUCGACAAAACAUCCAGCAGAGAAUCCAGGACAGAGAGAAGGAUGUGGAGGUGCUUCAACAGGAGAAGGAGGCCAUCAAUCACUCUGCUGCUAAAGCAGUGGAGCACAGUGAGAAGAUCUUCACUCACCUAAUCCGUCUCAUUGAGAAAAGAAGCUCUGAUGUGACACAGCAGAUCAGAUCCCAACAGCAAACUAAAGUGAAUCAAGUCAAAGAGCUUCAGGAGAAGCUGGAGCAGGAGAUCACCGAGCUGAAGAGGAAAGAAGCUGACCUGGAGACGUUCUCACACACAGAGGAUCACACCCAGUUCCUGGACAACUAUCCCUCACUGUCAGGACUCAGUGAGUCCACAGACUUAUCCAGAAUCAACAUCCGUCCUCUCAGGUACUUUGAGGAUGUGACAGCUGCUGUGUCAGAGCUCAGAAAGAAACUACAGGACAUUCUGAGUGAAAUAUGGGCAAGCAUCUCAGUGACAGAAGUGGAUGUUUUACUGUCAGAGCCUCAGCCCAAGACCAGAGCUGACUUCUUAAAAUAUUCAUGUGAAAUCACACUGGACCCAAACACGGCACACACACAGCUGUUAUUUUUUGAGGGGAACAGAAAAGCAUCAAGAAUGAAACAGCAUCAGUCUUAUAGUAGUCACCCAAACAGAUUCACUCAUUGGCCUCAGGCAAUGAGUAGGCAGAGUCUGACUGGAUGUUGUUACUGGGAGGUGGAGUGGAGAGGGAAAGGAGUUUGUGUGACAGUCGCAUACAACAAUAUCAGCAGAGCAGAGGGGUCAGAUGAAUGUAGAUUUGGAUUCAAUGACAAAUCUUGGUCGUUAUGUUGUUACCCAGACUGGUACGAGUUUUAUUACAAUAGUAUCAGAACUCCUGUCUCAGGUCCUCUGUCCUCCAAGGUAGGCGUGUACCUGGAUCACAGUGCAGGUAUUCUGUCCUUCUACAGCAUCUCUGAAACCAUGACUCUCCUCCACAGAGUCCAGACCACCUUCACUCAGCCCCUCCAUGCUGGACUUUGUCUUUGCUAUAAAACCACCGCUGAGUUGUGUAAAUUGAAAUAG